AUGGAGAAUCACAAAAACGACCCGGAGUGUAACGCCGCCAAGGCUGCGGCAGCAAACAUCUUCCCGGCCUCGCCCAUGGCCAACUCCAUGAUGUUCGGCUCGUCCUACUCUCAGUCAUACAAUAAGUCUUUCAUGAAACGACACUCGGGCGAGUACAACCGCCACUCGGGCGAGUACCGCCACUCGGGCGAAUCCAACCGGUUUUCGGGGGACUUCCAAAGAGUCAACGAAGAUCUGGAAUCUGCAUCUGAGACCACCCACCUCAACCCCAGACCUGCCCGACCAUCCAUGGCCGUGUCCAGCUCCUCUGAGCCAUCUACCAACCAUGCAUCCAACAACACCAUUAGAGAGCCCAGUGAUACCCCUGUCUACGGCACCACUGCUGCUUCCAUCUCCACAACCUCUCUCGACCCCGAAGAUAAUGUGUGGGAGGAUGUCCCCAGCCAAAAGAGAUCGCAGGACGUGCGGGAACUCAAAAUUCUCUGGCAGUAUUCUCUCCCCCUCGCAGUCACCUUCCUCCUGCAGUACUCCCUUACCGUUGCAUCGAUCUUCUCCGUGGGACACCUGGGUAAGGAAGAGCUGGGUGCUGUGUCCCUUGCAUGCAUGACUUCUAACAUUACAGGUUUUGCCCUCUUUCAGGGCCUAUCGACUUGCCUCGACACUCUGUGUUGCCAAGCCUACGGAGCUGGCAACAUGCGAAAGGUCGGCAUCUACUUCCAGCAGUGCGUCUGCAUGAGCAUUCUUGUUUUCCUACCCAUUGCCGCCAUUUGGAUGUGCUCCGAGCCUCUCCUGGCCCUCAUCAUUCCAGAGGGCCAAUUAGCAGCCCUGGCGGCACUCUAUCUCCAGAUUGUGGCCCUCGGUGUGCCUGGCUACAUCGUGUUUGAGUGUGGAAAGAAGUACCUGCAAGCCCAGGGUAUCUUCAUGGCUGGAACCUAUGUCCUGGCAAUCUGCGCUCCCCUCAAUGCCUUCCUGAACUGGCUGCUGGUCUGGGAUAAGCAUGUCGGUAUUGGCUACGCUGGAGCUCCUGUCGCUGUUGUCAUCACCGAGUGGGCCAUGGCCAUACUCAUCAUCGCCUACAUUGCCUUUGUGGACGGCCGACAGUGCUGGUUCGGCAUUUCUCCCCGAGCCGCCUUCUCCAAUUGGGGCCCCAUGCUGCGACUGGCCAUCCCCGGUGUCAUCAUGGUUGAGGCCGAGUUUUUGGCUUUCGAAAUCCUCACUCUCGCAUCCUCCUACUUUGGAUCUGCAGCCCUGGCAGCACAGUCCGUUCUGUCGACAGUCAUGGCCCUGGCCUACCAGAUUCCCUUCUCGGUUGCCAUUGCUGCUUCCACCCGAGUGGCCCAUUUCAUUGGUGCUGCACAGCCCCAGUCGGCCAAGCGAGCUGCUCGAAUUGCCCUCUACUCCACUGUUCUCAUCUCCACUUUCAACUGCACUACCCUUUUCCUCUUCCGACGGCCCAUUGCUGGUCUCUUUUCGUCUGACGUGGACGUGGUAAAUCUGGUGGCCUUUGUGCUGCCUCUGUGUGCCAUCGGCCAGUUUUUUGACUGUAUUUCUUCAGUCGUGGCUGGUGUCCUGAGAGGACAGGGCCGACAGAAGAUUGGAGGUUAUGUGAAUCUCUUUUACUACUACGCCGUAGCCACUCCUCUGUCUCUCUUCUUUGGCUUUAUCUGCAAGUGGGAGCUGAUGGGUCUUUGGGCUGGUAUCAUUGUGGGUAUUGUGGGAAUUGCUGCCACCGAGGCCUACUUCGUGCUCACCUCUGACUGGAAUGCCAUCAUCGAGAAGAACGCCGCCAUGCAUCGAGACUAA